AUGUUUUGGCUGAUCACGACGGUCUUACUCGGGUCAUCGCGGGCUUUUUCAUCUCAGAUGCAAGCCCAAUUAACGACAUGCGCUUCACUUUUGGAAUCACCUCAAAUUCAAUUCGAACAAGCACUUGACGAUGUUGAAGCCUCAUACGGUGACACGAUCACACUAUUAUGCAGUAUUUAUGGAGCACCACAGGCCGCUAUCACUUGGUUUCAUCGAGGACGAGUUAUCGCCUCGUAUUCACCACCUUCUGUAGAAUCUGCUCUGCACACUACACGAAUCGGAAGCGGUCUAAUUGAGACUAGAUAUACAAUUCCAUGCGUAAAUCGCAAAACAAUUGGUGAAUACACGUGUCAAGCGAGUUCACCGUGCGGUGAGGUGAUCUCAUCGAACGCCGUGGUCGCCUUAUCUAAUGCGAUCCAAGGAAAAACGUGCAACAUCACAUCGGCAGCGGCGCCAACGAUCGCCGUAACGACCGUGUCAAGGCUUGAAUUGGUCGGAACACCCGUACAAUUUAUGUGUCGAGCAAAUGGUGUGCCAAAACCUAAAGUGACAUGGCAACGAAUAACCGACGAUGAUGAUGUUGAAGAGCUUGAUCCUGAGUCAAAUAUGGUGCUCUCAAACGGUGAUCUACUCGUUGUUGCCGAUUCAUCGGUGGUCACCGAAUCCUAUCGAUGCACAGCACGAAAUCCUAGCGGAACAGCUAUCGCUGACAGUACUGUUGUAUUUGUUGAUCAGAAUUAA